AUGUCCUGGACGGAUCUGCACCAGGCUGCCGCUCGGGGUAUGGUGCAGCGCACUUUGGCACUGCUCUCGAGACCGUUGGCGAACGUUGACCAACGCGACAACGACGGCUUCACUCCCCUCAUCGCUGCAGCCCAGGAGGGUCACCACAAUGUUGUCAGGGUUCUCCUGGAGCACGGUGCCCAAAUUUCAAUGGCAUCGUACGCAGGGUGCACCGCUCUUAUCAUGACAGCUAUACACGGGCAACCAGUCGUGGCGACCGCGCUACUUGAUGCUGGUGCCGACAUCAACACGUCGGACAUUAACGGCUGCACCGCUCUUUAUUGCGCCGCCAACCACGGGUAUCUCAGCGUUGCCAAGAUUCUUCUAAAAAAUGGAGCCCAGGUGAGCAUUGCAGCUGACGACGGCUGCACGCCUCUUCACACGGCCGCAAAGAACGGUCACCCCGCAGUGGCGAAACUGCUAAUUGGAGCUGGCGCCGAGCUCGAUCGCGGGAGCAACGGCGGCUCCACACCGCUUCACAUGGCAGCAGAUGCAGGGCAUUCAACGGUAGUCGAAGAAUUACUCAAUGCAGACGCGAAUCCCGACUGUCGCUUGCCAAAUGGAACAACUCCGCUUUAUGACGCAGCCUUCGCUGGACACGUCGACAUCGUCAAGAAGCUUAUUCGUGCAAAGACCAUCGCUGCGAACUUCGUGGUUCGCCCUACUGGAACGACAGGCGUCGUCGCUCUCGACGUGGCGGCGCAAAAUGGACACGAGGAGACGGUGCGCGAGCUGCUUAGACUUGGAAUAGGACUGUGUGGUGGUCCAACCCGCGGCAAUGAUGCCCUUCGCCUGGCUGCGUGGGUUCAACACAUGAGCAUUAUGACCGCGCUGACGGACGCCGGUGUCGUUGACACGGGCACCGCCUUGUUUAAUGUAGCCGCUAAAGGCCUUGAAGCACCCGUCAAGUUUCUUCUGCAGCAGAAGUGGAAUACGCCGGGAGGGGCGUACGUGAACACCCGCAGUAGAAAUGCUAAGUUCACUCCGUUGUUCAUUGCCAUUGAAGGCGCAUCCCCAAGGGUCGUGCGAAUGCUCCUGGACGCCGGGGCAGAUGUGACGUCCACUUGCAGCUUGCCUGGUGGGAUUUCCAGAUCGCCCCUCUCCCAGUGCGAGAGCAACAUCCGCAGCAAGUUUUGUCAAGCCCUACCCGCUACAGAGGAGCAACUGAACGGGCUGCAGGCCAUCCGCCGCUUGUUGUUGCGAGUGGAGGCGAUUUAUGCGUCCUCUUGGCUUUGGUGCAGCAACAUCCCCUGCAUAGCGCCUGCUGCACGGGAGGUGGAAGGAGCCUGUGGAAAGUCGAGGAUUCCAAGGAAGGCGAGGAUGCUGAUUUCAUGGCGAAGGACCGGAGCCCGCCGUGUGCUCAUGCCGGCAUCGUUGCGGUACUCGAACAAGCCUUGA